CACACAGACACACAGCAAGCGGGAGAGGUAUUUAAAACUUUUUGAGAUCUGUCACAAGCUAUGUCAUCCCAAAAACCGUGGCGUUUGUCGCACGAUUAAUUACCAUACUGUCAGAAGAUUUUGCUCUGGUCCUUUAUUUUAUCAGCCGAAGGAAACGUUACACCGUGAACUCCCUAAGAAAGUUUUCUUCAGCAUUACUGAAGAUUCGCUGAACUAGUGGGGACCGUUCAAGAAGACACCCUGCUGCUACUUUUUCUGCCACGUCUGGCUUCAGGAAAGCGUUCUGUUCCAGCCAUGUGGCUAACGGCACACAUACACCCCUCCACCAUCCUGUUUUUGACCCUUAGCAGCUUGGCCUCUGCAGGUCCAUUGUCUCGGAGCCCUUGUGAACUUUUGCCAGUUGGGGUGGGUCACCCGGUUCAGGCCAUGUUAAAAAGUUUCACUGCCCUAUCAGGCUGUGCUAGCCGAGGAACCACCAGCCUCCCUCAGGAGGUGCACAUCGUCAACCUACGAAGAGGCAAUGCACAAGGAGACAGAGAGAAACCAGCAGAGGUGGCGUUACAUCUGCGGCCCAUCCAGUCCCUGCCUGUGCACCAGAAACCGCUGGUCUUCGUCCUGAACUCCCCUCAGCCCGUCCUCUGGAAGCUUCGGACAGAGAAACUGGCCUCAGGAGUCAAACGCAUCUUCCAUGUUGCAGAGGGAUCUGAAGUGCACUUUGAGGGAGGAAAUUUCUCUGAGUCGUGUGAGGUGAAGGUGGAAAAUCUUCCUCAUGGCAAUGAGCACCUGCUUUCUUGGGCCCAUCAACGCUAUCGUGCAGUUACCUCUUUCAGCGAGCUCAAGAUGGCCCAUGACGUCUACAUCAAGGUUGGAGAAGACCCCGUCUUCUCCGAGACCUGUAAGAUCGAUAACAAGUUCCUGUCUCUAAACUACCUGGCAAGCUACAUCCAGCCCCAGCCAUCCACAGGGUGUGUUCUCUCAGGUCCUGAUCAUGACCAGGAGGUCCACAUCAUUGAGCUCCAGGCACCAAACUCCAGCAGUGCAUUCCAGGUGGAUGUGAUUGUGGAUUUAAGGCCGCUGGAUGGUGACGCCCCGCUCCAUCGUGACGUUGUGUUGCUUCUGAAAUGUGAGAAGUCAGUGAAUUGGGUAAUCAAAGCCCACAGCCUUAUCGGCAAACUGGACAUUGUGACGUCAGAUACCGUCAGCCUGAGUGAAGACACAGAAAGGCUGAUGCAGGUGUCAAAGACGGUGAAACAGCAGCUGCCUGCAGGAUCUCAGGCUCUCAUCCAGUGGGCAGAGGAAAAUGGAUUCAAACCCGUCACUUCCUACACCAACACCCCUGUUGCCAACCACUUCAAAUUGCGGCUCAGAGAACAAGAUCUAGGGAUCAUGGAUGAGGGAAUGUUCCCACCAGAGUUGUCCAUUCUCCGCAAUACCAACCCACUUCCUAAGCCCAGCGCCCGGGAUUCCCCUGCACGAAACAGGUUCCCGUUUCCCUUCCUGCCAUCCACGGACAAGGGCCUGUCUUUCCCACCUCUGACCCUGUCUCUUGAGGAGCGCGAUCAUCAGGCUGGGGGUCCUGAGGAGCAGCAGGGGGCUUCGAAUGUAGGAUUCAGCGUGCAGUGUGAGAAGAACAAAAUGGUGGUCAGCAUUGACAAGGAAACUCUACAGGCCAAUGGGUUUGGAAAACCCAAUAUCACUCUUCAGGACUCCCAUUGCAAAGCAACCUCCAACAACACCCACUAUAUACUGGAGACGCCCCUGUCUGGCUGCCAAACCACCAAAAUUCCCUCCCACCCCAGCCCAGUGGUCCUUUAUAUCAAUUCAAUUGUUAUUAGCCAAUCAGAACAGAAGGAUGGAAGCGGCUGGCCCUUUGAAUAUGAAGAUCUGGAGUCAGGAGAUGUUGUAAUACCAGGAGAUCCGGAUGUGACAGAAAGAAUUUCACCUGAAAAUGGACAUCGUGCGACUAUCUUGUUUAACUGCACAUAUCGUAAAAACCAGGAAACCCCAGCUGACAGUGAUAUCGGAUCUGAUGAUUUCAUUGUAGACUCUUUAAACAAUGUUACCUUCAACAUGGAACUGUAUAGCAAUCCAUUUCACUACCCAAGCACUCAGUCCUUCCACACCAUCACUGAGAACAGGCCCAUCUAUGUGGAGAUUUCAGCCACAAAAUCUGAUCCUAACCUUGGGUUCAUGAUCCAGACCUGCUUCAUAUCUCCAGACUCCGGUCCUCUUACACAGUCGGACUAUGUUAUCAUAGAGAACAUAUGUCCUAAGGACGACUCUGUGCGCUAUUACCCUCAGCGAGGCGAUUUCCCCGUCCCUCACGCUCAGAUGGACAGAAAACGCUUCAGUUUCACCUACAGAUCAAAGUUCGACGUAUCAUUAAUCUUCCUGCACUGUGAGAUGUCCCUCUGCACCAGAAGAAAUGACAAGGAAAUGAACCUGCCAGAGUGUAUGUUACCAGAUGAAGCCUGCACUUCCCUUAGUGUUGACAACAUCCUCCUCAUGAUGAUGAACACCAAGAUCAUCACCAAGCCAAUUGUGGUUGUCUCCGACAACACACCUGUCACUGUUAACGUACCUGUGGAGCCAUCUGGUCCACGACAUCCUGGCGUUAUAUAUUUCUUGGACACCCCAACUGUGGUGGGCAUUGCUUUUGCUGCCUUUGUGAUUGGAGCCCUUCUGACUGGAGCUCUAUGGUUCAUCUACUCGCAUACAGGUGGUACAGGACCAAAGCAGCAGGUACCAAAGUCCCAACCGGUGUCUGAGAACAGCAGCGCGGCUCACAGCAUCGGCAGCACACAGAGCACACCGUGUUCAAGCAGCAGUAACGCAUAGAGCAGCUGGACUGAUGAUGCUUCCAUUGGCAUUAUGUUUUGAACGUUUGUGGAAGAAUCUGUUUCGUAGCAUAACCUGAGGCCUUAUUAUUUUCGUUAUUUGAAACUGAAAUGUUUAGGCUGAGUAUCCAAACGGAUGAAAAAAGCUACGUUUAGAGGUGAGGGAAAUAACCAAAUCAAGAUCCCAGAGAGUUUGUAAAUGUUGCUUUUUUCUAGAACCCCAUAAGAGAGUGUUUUUGCCUUAUAUGGUUGAGAUCAGUGUGAAAAUAACAAAGGCUGUUUACACCAGUCAUUAUGGCAUGAAGGCGGUCUAGAGGAACAGUUAGUACUCUGCGAGGUUACGCAAAGGCUCAGUCUUCACCCAAACAAAGAUCAAGAAAUUUGACAAGAUAAAACUAUAUAAACUCUUCAAUAUCAGAUUUUUUUUAAAACCCAAAUGCCAAUCAUUUAAUUCUGUGUAAUAGUAUAUAGUAUUCUUUUUUUCUAUAACUCUGACUGGUCUUCAGGAUUCAGACACCAUGAGUGAAGGGUGUAAAAGUCUUUAUCAGAGGCAUUUUCAAUGUAAAGGACAGUUUUUGGAAUAUUGUAAAAUAAUGUAUAUUCUGUGAAUAUUGUAUGAAAUGCAUAGAUUUAAAGUGGAAAUAACUCCGUAAAAAGCUUUAACUAAAACCAAAUAUUUAUCAGAAGAUUAUACACCAUUUAGAAGAUAAUUUUAAAAUUAUAAAUGUAAUCAUAAAGGCAAAUAUGAAUGAAUUUACAGAUAUACAUGCACAAGCGCUUUCCCAGAAUUGGCCUUUUAAAAGAUAGUCGCAAAAUAAAAAGAGAUAGUAGACUAUCUAGUGGUCUAAUAGUACCCCCACCCCACCCCAAUUCUGAUGUACAGAUAAUUGCAGAUGAUUAUAAUAAUAAGCUUAUAAUACUUUUUAUAGAAUGUGAUUUAUUUUUAAAUGCUGGGCAUUAUUAUUCAACAUUAGUAUAAAAAGUAAUGAUUUCAGCAAACAGCAGACUGUAAUAUUUUGAUAUUUUGUCCUUAAAUUUAAAAAUCAAAAUGAGCAUUUGUUGAAAAGGAUUUGAUGUGCCUAGUCACAAAAGAUGUACAUAAUCUAAUGCCAAAGAAUGGGCAUUUACUUUCCUGUCUUUUUGUGUUACAGCAGCCCCUGCGAUGUGUAUGUUUAGGUACUAACCUACCACUAAAGUGAACACAAAAUCAAAAUUUCUUUAAAAAAAAUCAUGAUUUCUGCUGUGUAUGUGAAGUUAACAAUUUGGGAUUUUGUGUAGAACAUGCAUACAGAUACACUUGUAAAGUGCAAGAAAUGUAUGAAUGCAAAGCCAGAGUAAUCCCACCGUCAAAACUUUACAUGAAUGUCAUAACAUUAUAAGUGCCUUACCUUUGAGUAUGCAUUAUGAGAUAAAAUGAGGCAAGAAGGGAAGUGGUGUUUGCUUUGCUUUAGGCACAGUAUUUACCCACUGAUGUGAAAAUCUGCCAAAUCUGUGCAUCUAGUUCUUUGUUUUUAGUAUCUAAUGUUGCUUUUUUGUUUGUGUGUUGCUUGCUACAGACUGUACCUAUAGAAUGUACUUUAUUUCAAACCUUAAUUUCAUUGUAAACUUGUAUAAAUGUCUCCUGUAAGAGGAAAGAGAGUAAGAAUUUAAACAUUUAUUUGUGUAUAAAGUUAUAUUUUUCUAGAGAUAUAUAUAUAUAUACACAUAUAUAUAUAUAUAUAUAUAUAUAUAUAUA